CCCCCCCCCCCNAGUCUCUCUCGGCAGCAAAGUGUUGUCAUUUGGGCUUCCAGAACAUCAGUAAAUCCACACUCACUGCAACAGAACGCAAAUUUCUCUACAAUUAUUUGCCAAGGCGAAGGUAUGGUACGGGAAUGGAUGUUUUCAGGUCUUCCAAGCAGCUAAGUAACCACAUGAAAAUGGGAAAUAUCCACAGCGCGCAGAAGCUGUUUGAUGAAAUGACUGAGAAAAGCAUUGUGGUUUGGUCAAUCAUGGUCCACGGGUACUCAAAGAAUGGUCUUUACGGGAAAGGGUUGGAGUGUUUUACUGCAAUGAGACAUUUUGGCCUGGUUCCGAAUUCCUUUUCCUUUGUGGGAGCUCUGGUCAGUGUCUCUGGGCUGGAAGACAUUGCACUCUGUCGAUCCGUUCACGGGUUGAUAGUGAGGAUUGGGUGGGAGUUUAACUCUGUUGUGGCUACUGCACUACUUGAUGCUUACUCGAGAUGUCGGUUCGCAGGUGAUUCUUACAAGGUUUUUGAUGUUAUAAAGUCGGAAAGCGAAGUUCCAUGGAAUGCAAUGAUAAAAGGAUUUGUGUAUAAUGAGCUCUUCAAAGAGGCAUUUUUCUUGUUUAACCGUUUCCGGGAGUCUGGUUCUAUUCCUAAUGCUGUGACGUUAAUGACUCUUACCCAAGGCUGUGUUGCCUUAAAAUCUCAGCAUCUUUGUGAAUCCGUUCAUGGUUUUGGUAUUAAAUUUGGUCUCGUUUCUGAUAUAGAGGUCAGCAAUGCUAUUCUUUUCAUGUAUUCGACUUUGGCUGACUUAAAUCUUGCUAGAGAAGUGUUCGAUUCAAUGGAUGAUAAAGAUGUUAUUAGCUGGUCAACACUGAUGGGGUUAUUGGUUCAACUCGAAUAUGCCUCUGAUGCUAUAAAGCUUUUCUUUCAAAUGAGAGAUUUUGGAACCAGGUAUGAUGCCGGUGUCCUAGGUAAUCUCAUUUCAGCUUGUGGGCUUGUUGGAAAUUUGAAAAUGGGGAAGUCUGUUCAUGCUCAGACCAUCAUUAAUGGUUUUGGAUUCAACAUUCAUCUGGCUAAUUCCAUGAUAACAAUGUAUGCAAGAUGUGCAAAUCUAGAUUCAUGUACAACUUUGUUUGACAGAACACCUAUGAAGAAUGUUGUUUCAUGGACAUCUAUGAUUUCAGGGCUUUUGGUUAAUAAGAGGCCUAUGGAAGCACUCGAUUUGUUCAUUGGUGCAAGAAAUCACAAAAAUUUAUAUGUCGACCCAGUACUUUUGGUAAAUGCACUAACUGCAGCUGGCGAACUAUGUUUAUUAGACUUUUGCAUGCAGCUCCACUGUUAUGCUUUCCAAGCUGGAUUCAUAUACUAUAGAUGUUUGCCAAACUGUCUCAUAUCAGUUUACUCAAAAUGUGGUAAUGUGGAACUUGCCCAUAGUGUUUUUGUGCACAUGAGCUCUCUGUGUGACAUUACUUCUUGGAAUGCGAUGAUUUACGGGUAUGGGAUCAAUGGCCAUGGAAAGACUGCUCUCUCACUCUUUAAUGAGUUUAGGAGUACAAUGCUCGAAGAUGAUAAUGUAAAAGUUUCUGAGGAGCACUGUGGGUGCAUUGUUGAUCUGCUCUCUCGCGCCGGUUACUUGUCUGAUGCGAGUGAGUUAAUGGAUGGCAGCAGAGACCGAAACGCUUGGAAGGCUUUUUUGAACGGGUGCGUGCUUCACAAUGAUUUGAAAUUGGCAGAGAUUGCUGCGAGAAAAAUGGGCGGACUUGCCCGGACAGACUGCGGGCAGGAUGUCGUGCUUUUGUCAAAUAUGUAUGCAUCGGUUGGGAGGUUCGAAGAUGUUGAAGCCUUGAGGUUGAAGAACAUGGCUGGGAAGAAACUGAUGAAAGAACCAGGGUUAAGUCUUCUUAGUGGUGGCUGACUCUUAGGAGUUGAAAAUGCUAUUCAACACAUGAUCUUAACUGAAUGAGGGAAGAUGUUGAGGUUCUCUAGGAAUGUGCUUCUUCCGUCCCAAAAAACUUUGACUUUCAAAUGAAAGAGAAACCGUGUGAUUCACGUGUUUAUCACUUUUAAAAUGAAAUAAAGCAAAUGAAAGUAUUUUUUGGGACGCUAAAAAAGAAAACUGGGAAGUAUUU